AUGGAUAUGGAUCUAGAUCUAGAUCUGAAUCUGGAAAUGGAAAUGGAUAUGGAUAUGGAUACGAAUAUAGAUAUGGAAACGAUGUAUGAGGUGUCGAUAUCAAAGUCGCCAUCUUAUUCGCCUUCCUUUCCUUCGCAACAAUUCAUGUCGCACUAUCCAACGGUCGCGGCACCAACUCUCCCUAUCCGCAUCCCUACCGUCACCAAACGGGUUUCAAGCAAUCAAGCUUCUCUCACCACAUCGUCGUCAUCAUUACCAUCGACGUCUUCUUCUUCCAAAAGUUACAAAACUCGUAAUCUUCAUACAUUUCUUUCUUCAACUAAUUUUAUAAUACUAUUGACAAUAUUUUCCUCCUUCCUCAUCACCACAUGUUCGGCCGAAUUUUAUAUUGAAGAACGAAUGGUUGAAACUUGGGAAAUUACAUCGAGGACCUCUAGUGACGAAGGAGAACUUGAAGGAGACCAAGAAAAAGCAACCAACAUUCCAAUUGAACCUCAAUCGUCAAAUCUAGAUCUCGACUCCGACUGCGAAUCCGAUCUUAUUAAAAAGAGAAACGUAGCGGCGAUAACUUCCACAGCCACAAUCACACCUCCCAGAAGUACAAGUACAGCAACCGCGACCGAUUCCGCCUCAUCGUCGUCAACACUGGCGGAAUCGCAAACGAGUAGCGGCCUGGUGUCCGCUGCUACGGGAACAACCAAUUUACCCACGCCGUUCGAUAGUGGGUUUACGAGUAAUAUUACUUCAACAUGUUCGAGUUUUAUGAUGGACUUUUUGGCAAACGAGACUUUUAAAGCUUGUUUGCCUUUUUCAUUGUUAUUGCAGAACUCCAACUCUUUCUUUCAAGCCUCCAAAUCCCUCGUUCGCAUCACCCAAACCCUCGAUGCCUCCUGCUCCGCCAACGCGCAAUCAUGCUCAACCCUGAUGUCCUCCAUCGCCUCCAACAUCACCUCCACCACCGCCUGCUCCGUCGAUCUCCUCGCCGCCAAUCCACUCGUCACACAAGCUCGUCUGGGUCUCCUCGCCUAUUCCACCCUCUUCACCGCAUCCUGUCUCAAAGAUCCCUCCAAUGGCGCAUACUGCUACGCGCAAGCCGUCACAAAUUCUUCCUCUCCAACAGAUAGCUACAUAUACUAUCUCCCUCUGAACACGAGUCUCCCCGGCGGCUCCCAACCCACCUGCAAUCAGUGUCUGAAAAACACAAUGGCGAUCUUUGAAUCUGCGGGCGCGGUCAGAACGAGCGCGAUAGCGGGUACGUAUGCCCAAGCCGCUGGAAUGGUGAAUGUACAAUGCGGGCCGGGAUUUGUGAAUGCGAGUUUACCUGCUGCGGCAGUGGUGACGGGCGGUGCAGGAUCACGAAUGGAUGGGUUGGGCGGAGGAAUGGGUUUGAGUAGUUUGCUGGUGCUGUGGAUUGCGAUCUUUAGAUGGUUAAUAUGA